CUUGGUUGAUUGCUAUCCGUGGAUUUCAGCGCAUCGGGACAGCAAGUCGGGAUUGGGCGCAGAUGUGAAGGUUUUCAGCUGUGGCCGCCCCCGUGCGAUGUGCGGAUCGGGCCGGGCCGGAGCGUGAGGGCGCCGCCAUGGAGCCGGGCAGCGCGACGGCCCACGCCAACGGGUGCGGGCCAGGCGCGCACGCCGCCGCCUCGGCCACGCCCUCGCCGGAGGGCGUGCGUCUGCUGGUGUUGCACGACUACGAGAGCCGCGGCGAAGACGAGCUGACGCUGCGCCGCGGCCAGAGCGUCGAGCUGCUCUCCACGGACACCAAGAUCUCUGGCGGUGACGGAUGGUGGAUCGGCAAGGUCGACGGCCAGGUGGGCGUAUUCCCGGCCAGCUUCGUAUCGGCGAUGGAGCCCCAGCUGCCGUCGCCCAGCGCCGGCGACCCGCCCAUCAUCGAGUUCUCGCAGAUCGAUCUCGAUGAGAUCAUCGGCGUCGGCGGCUUUGGCAAGGUGUACCGGGGCGUCUGGCGCAAUGAGCUGAUCGCGGUCAAGGCUAUCACCAGGACAUCAGAUGACGACUGGGCCACCACCAUCGAACAGGUGCGUCAGGAGGGCCGGCUGUUCUGGCUGCUGGAGCACCCGAACAUCGUGUCACUGCGGGGUCUGGUGCUGACGCCGCCCAACCUCUGCCUGGUGAUGGAGUACGCGCGCGGCGGCUCGCUCAGUCGCGUGCUCGCGCAGAAGAAGAUACUGCCGCACGUCCUGGUCAACUGGGCCAUCCAGAUCGCCACCGGGAUGAACUACCUGCACCACGAGGGUCCCAUCUCACUCAUACACCGGGACCUGAAGUCGUCCAACGUGCUCAUCAGCGAACUGCUGGAGACGAGCGAGGACCUCCGGCGCGUUACGCUCAAGAUCACUGACUUCGGCCUGGCGCGCGAGACGAACCGCACCACGCGCAUGACACAGGCGGGCACCUACGCCUGGAUGGCGCCUGAGGCCAUCGAGUUCAGCACGUUCUCCAAGGCCGGCGACGUGUGGAGCUUCGGCGUGGUGCUGUGGGAGCUGCUGACGGGCGAGACGCCGUACCGCGGCAUCGACGCGCUGGCCGUAGCGUACGGCGUGGCGUCGCACAAGCUCAGUCUGCUCGUGCCGUCCACGUGCCCGGCCGGCUGGAGUGAACUCAUGCUCGCCUGCUGGAGCCGGGACCAGCAUCUACGCCCGACCUUCGAGCGCGUGCUGGCCAAGCUGCAGGACAUCUCGCGCUCCGCCUUCAUGUCCUACCCGCGCGAGAGCUUCUACAACAUGCAAGAGAACUGGAAGUCUGAGAUCGACGAGGUGCUGCGCGACAUCCGGCACCGGGAGAAGGAGCUGCGCAGCCGAGAGGUGGACCUGCGUCGCCGGGAGGAGGAGCUGGCCGAGCGCGAGCUCAACGUGCUCUCGCGGGAGAUCCAGGUCAUCGUUCAGCAGCAGCAGCAGACGGCGCCGACGCCCAAGCGGGCCAAGGGCAAGUUCAAGGGCCGCAUGAAGCUGAAGGGCGGCCACCAGAUCAGCAAGCCGUCCGACUUUCGCCAUAACUUCACCGUUCAGAGCGGCGCGCUGUCUGACCGGCUGGCGGCCGGCGCCGCCUGGCACCAGGCCAGUCCGGAGAGUCCGCCUGCCUCGCCAUCACCCGCCCUGCGAGCCAUCGCGCUGCCGGCGGACGGCGUGAAGGGCAAGACGUGGGGCCCGAGCUCGGCCCACCAGCUGAACCGGCGGGCGCCCCGGCCACGGCCAGCCCUCAUGGAGGCCGGACAGACCGCCGACCCGGACCAGGUGUUCCCCGAACUCAGCAGCGGGGCGUGGCGGGGCCGGCCGGCGCCCGUCUCUAGGUCGGCCCCCACCAGCCCCGAGGAGGACGGCUCCGUCCAGCUGCGCCACACCAGCGCCACCUAGCGGCCCGCCGCGCAACCCCACCUCCCCGCCUUCCUGCCUCCUCCCGCCCGCCUGCCCGCCGUGCCCGGACUUCUGGCUGUGGACGCGGCGCGCUCGGACCGCCCGCAGAGCCGCCAGGGCCGCGCGCGCGUGCGUCGGUGUGUGUGUGCGUGCGUGUGUGUCGGUGCGUGUGGCCUCCGGGUGCGUCGGUCGACGACGAUGACUGAUUUGGUGCGGCCGCCGGCUGGCGGUGGGCUCUGGUCGGUUCGGGCGGAGGCGGGUGAUCAGCUGGCGUUGGUCUCACCGGACACUGGGGCCGGCCGAGCGCUCGCGUCUCGCACUCUUGGUGGAGGGACACAGACGCGCCAAGACGGCGCGACGCCGCGGAAUGGCGCGUGUUUAUUUUCUAUUUUGUACAUCGUUUUGUUGGUUUCUGUAACAUGCUCGACAUGUAUCACGA